AUGAUGAAAGGAUGGAUCCAUCUGGCCAGAAGAAAUAUUCAGUCUUGCAGUCGUUUAAUGUGGUAAGUUUUUUUAUUUCGAUAGGAAUUUGCAUCCACUUUUAGGAAAAGCAAACCAUAAAAAAUUGGUUUAAAAAACUUGUUGCUUUUUAUUUUCGGUAAAAGUUCCUUAUUCUGGCCGCAACUUAUAACCUUGCGGAAACUGGUCAGAAUUGGCCCAAAUUUAGCUUGCCGGCUCAAUUCAUCGUUGUCAAUGCCCGGACAGUGGAUUUAGUUAGUGAGGUACCUUCUUUUUUACGUACCAACUUACCCGUCAAAAACGGCUGCAGCCUGCGAUUUUACACUUUAUACGAUGAGGCCUGUCCGGAACUAAACUUAUUGCCUCCGGAUAGAACUAAAUGACUCGUCAUAGCCUUCGUAGGUACCCUUAAAGCUGUAGAGCUAUUAUAAUAAUUCCGUGCUAGCUAGGUCGAAGCCUUUCUUCCUAGCUUUAGUUCCCAAGGUUGGGCGCAGUUCGAAGAGUAGCUUUGUUGCGGCCAGAAUAAGGAACUUUCUCCUUAUUUUCCCGUAUUUUAAGUCCGCAAGCACCCGUAGCGACCGAGGGAGUAAGCAGGGCCUCCGAAGGCUCGUUAUACCGCAUCUAUCUGGACCGUCCCACGGUGUUCAACGCCUUUCAUAUACCAAUGUUCUACGAACUUGCAUCGGCCUUGCGGGAAGCUGAUCGGGAUGGGGAGUCAAAAAUCACCGUUCUUUCGGGAAAAGGCAAGCUUUUCACCGCCGGAAACGAUCUCAACAACAUGGGAGAUGGCAAACAGACGGUGGAGGAAGCGGCAAAAAGCCUUUCCGAUGCUGCAAAAGCUUGUUUUGCUGCUUUUAUUGAUCACGAAAAGCCUAUCGUUGUGCUAGUCAACGGUCCGGCCUAUGGAAUAGGUGUUACUUGCUUGCCAUUGUGCGAUGUUGUCAUAGCUUCCGACAAUGUAAGUUGGGUCAAAAAAGAAUAAUUUUUUAAGGCUGUCUUCAACACUCCAUUCACUCCAUUGGGAUAUUCGCCCGAAGGAUGCUCGACAUAUACAUUCCCAAGGAUAUUUGGAACUUCCAGAGUAAGCCGCCUUCCUACUACAGUGGACCUGAUCCGUUGGUAACACAAUUUUUCAUCCUGGAAGUAUCAAAAAUGUGGCAAAAUGCUUCCCCCUCCAAGUGAGAAAACUUCGUUUUGAAGGGCGCGCCCUUUCUCCUCACAAAAAAAGUUUUUGAAAUCUGAGUUUUUUCACUUGGAGGAGGAGGCAUUUUGCCACGUUUUUUGAUCCUUCCUGGAUGAAAAAUGCUACGUUUUUGCCACUGGUCCCCCACUCUAUAUGCACCUUUAAUAAAACAAUUUUAGGCCCAAGAGAUGCUACUUUUUAACCGCACAAUAACUGCUCAGGAAGCACUUGAAUGGGGACUUGUCUCUAGAGUGAUACCUCGAAAAGAUUUCCCCCAAAAAACGGAAGAAAUUUUAACCGAAUGGGCUCGCCUGCCAAGAGAUUCGUUGAGAAUCAAUAAGAGCGUUGUGCGCGGAGAAGAAAAGGCCUUGCUGCACUCAGUCAACGACCGUGAAAUGGAAACGCUGAAAGUCAGAUUUGCAAGCGAGGAGAGCCUGAAGGCCACAAAGGAAUUCUUGGAGAGUCGAAAAAAGAAAUGA